CCAAUAUGGCCACCUCAAUUAAUGAUAGUGGCAAAGCCCUAGAUCUUCCAAAUCUCCCUCUCUAGAUAUCUAUACCCCUCUCAUUCAAUUCCCCUCACUAGAACAAAGAGGAGUUUCCUCCGUUCAAACCUCUAACCUUUUUUUUUUCUCUCUCUCUUUCAGCCCUCCCACACAUACAACAGUAUAAUAUAAACCUGCAUGGAGUCAUGGCCUAGGAAGUUUUUCCCCGGGAGUAUUGAUGAUUAAUCUUUAAAAGAUGUUGCAGGUUUAGUCUUAGGGUUUGAUCAGCUGAUCGUUUUCUAAGAAAGUGGAGCAAAGGUUUUUGUGAGAAUGGUAUGGACUAAGGAAUGUUGGGUUUUGAUGGGUAUUAUAAUUAUUGGUCUAUGGCUGCUGUGGUAUAGUAAGCAGAACAAAAUGAAAAAGAAGAGUGGAGUUCCAAAAGGGAACUUAGGUUGGCCUUUCAUAGGAGAAACUCUUGACUUCAUUGCCUGUGGUUACACCUCUCAACCUGUCAGCUUCAUGGACAAACGCAAAUCUCUGUAUGGGAAUGUGUUUAAAACACACAUCUUGGGAACGCCCAUAAUAGUUUCCACAGAUCCCGACGUUAACAAAGUGGUUUUGCAAAACCAUGGAAACACUUUUGUCCCUGCUUAUCCCAAAUCAAUAAGAGAAUUACUUGGAGACUUCUCCAUACUUCAAAUGAAUGGUAAUCUUCAGAAGAGAGUGCAUGCACAGAUCGGUGGAUUCCUGAGAUCACCACAACUCAAAGCCAGAAUCACAAAAGACAUUGAAAACUCUGUCAAGCUGACCUUGGCUACUUGGAAAGACAUGCACCUUAUAUACGUUCAAGAAGAAAUCAAAAAGACAACGUUUGAAGUUCUGGUAAAGGUAUUGAUGAGCAUUCGUCCUGGAGAAGAUUUAUACUUUCUGAAGAAAGAAUUUGAAGAAUUCAUCAAGGGUUUAAUUUGCUUGCCAAUUAAACUUCCUGGAACAAGACUAUAUAAAUCUUUGAAGGCUAAGGAGAAGCUAUUAAAGAUGGUGAAGCGGAUCGUAGAAGAGAGAAAACUAGCUAUGGAGAAAUCAGAUGAAAAAGGUGUAGCAAAGGAUGUAGUGGACGUGCUGUUACGUGAUAAUAAUGAAGCAAAUGAGAAGCAAUAUUUACCGUUGGAUUUCAUUAGUGGAAUUAUCAUAGAGAUGAUGAUCCCGGGAGAAGAGACUAUGCCCACGGCAAUGACCCUAGCUGUCAAAUUCCUCAGUGACAGCGCCGUCGCUCUGAAGCAACUUACGGAGGAGAACAUGGAAUUGAAGAGGCAGAAGACGGAGUCAUGUGAAGAUUUUAGUUGGACUGACUACAUCUUGCCAUUUACUAAAAUGUGAUCCAGUGAAACUCUUAGAAUGGCAAAUAUCAUUAAUGGAGUUUGGAGGAAAGCUCUCAAAGAUGUACAUAUCAAAGGUCAUUUGAUACCAGAAGGAUGGUGUGUGUUAACGUCAUUUAUAUCUGUUCACAUGGAUGAACAAAACUAUGAUAAUCCAUAUCACUUUGAUCCAUGGAGAUGGGAGAAAACAGGAGCUGCUGCUGUUAACAACAAUAAUUUCACACCGUUUGGUGGGGGUCAGAGGCUGUGUCCUGGUUUAGAAUUAUCACGGCUGGAAAUUUCAAUCUUCCUUCAUCAUCUUGUCACUAGCUAUGGAUGGGUUGCUGAAAAGGAUGAAAUUAUCCACUUUCCAACCGUCAAGAUGAAGAAGAAGCUGCCAAUCACAGUAACCCCUGUAAGGACGUAAGCUUUGGUCGAUAGCUGCAACCACCAUAUCAGAUUGGCCCAUCUAGAAAACGUGCAUAAUAUAUCUAAAUCUCACCAGACAGAUCCAUUUGUUGGCAUUUGCAUUUUGCACCAAAAAGGUUUAUUGAAAUGCUAAUCAUGUAAAAGCUAUAUCUAUAAGACUCUAUAAUAUCUUGUUAGUUCUGGUGUCACCAUCUCUUUUACAUAGCAGGAGGGAUCUUUGGGCCCUUCUAAUUUUUGCAGUCCUUUUAACUUGCAUAUAUGCAAGUGGGAUCUCCGAAUUUAACUCUGGUCUCCAUCUAUUAAAAUAUUUUGUUUGAUUUGA